GCUUCCUGAGCUUGUAUUUGGUGUGGCUCGGCUCGGUUCGGUUUGGCUCGGCCCAGAACAGCCCAACGGCAGCGGCAGCAGCUGUAGAGAGAACCCGCAGGGAGGAACCAUGGCGGCGCCAGCGCUCUCCGGUCGGACCGGCUCGGCGGGCAGCCUCGGGAACAGCCCCACAUCCACGGCCGCGGGGAGGCUGCCCCAGGGCGGCUCCGGGCCCGAGCUGGACUUCAGGUCCGCGGCCCGCAUGGAGGACCUGAACCGGCUCAUCCAGGAGUUCAGCAAGCACGACCAGCGGGAGUACGACGACCAGCGGGCUCUGGAGAUCCACACGGCCAAGGACUUCAUCUUCUCCAUGCUGGGAAUGGUUCAGAAACUGGACCAGAAGCUCCCAGUGGCCAAUGAGUACCUACUCCUUUCUGGAGGUGUUCGGGAAGGUGUGGUGGACAUGGACCUGGAUGAGCUUAGCGUCUACGCCCGCGGCACAGACUACGACAUGGACUUCACUCUACUGGUCCCCGCCCUUAAACUCCAUGACCGGAACCAGCCAGUGACCCUGGACAUGCGGCACUCGGCGCUGGGCCACUCCUGGCUCAGCCUGCGGCUCUUUGACGAAGGAACCAUCAACAAGUGGAAGGACUGCUGCACUAUCGUCGAUCACAUCAACGGGACCACCAACUACUUCUUCUCCCCAACACUAGUGGCCGACUGGUUCUACCAGUCCAUAUCUCUUGUGCUGCUGGAGGUGCAGAAGAAGCCACAGAGAGGGAUGCCGAGGGUGGAGAAGGUGGAUCGGAACGGGACCAUCAUCUCCGUCAUCCUGGGGGUCGGCAGCAGCCGGAUGCUCUACGACAUCGUCCCGGUGGUGUCGUUUAAAGGCUGGCCUGCGGUGGCCCAGAGCUGGCUGAUGGAGAACCACUUCUGGGACGGGAAGAUCACCGAGGAGGAGGUGAUCAGCGGCUUCUACCUCGUCCCCGCCUGCUCCUACAAAGGCCGCAAGGAGAACGAGUGGCGGCUGUCAUUCGCCCGCAGCGAGGUUCAGCUGAAGAAGUGCAUCUCGUCGAGCCUGAUGCAGGCGUACCAGGCCUGCAAGGCCAUCAUCAUCAAGCUGUUGUCCCGGCCCAAAGCCAUCAGUCCCUACCAUCUGCGCAGCAUCAUGCUGUGGGCCUGCGACCGUCUCCCAGCCAACUACCUGGCUCAGGACGACUUCUCUGCCCACUUCCUGCUGGGCCUGAUUGACGACUUGCAGCACUGUCUCGUCAACAAGAUGUGUCCCAACUACUUCAUCCCUCAGUGCAACAUGUUGGAGCACCUGUCCGAUGAGACGGCCAUGCUACACGCCCGCAAACUGUCUUCGGUGCGCUCUGACCCGGCCGAGCACCUCCGCACCACCAUCGAGCACGCCAAGGCUGCCAACAGGUUGACGGUGGAAGUGCAGUGGCGAGGCAGCUCCACCAACCUGCCGUCGCCGCAGUCCGACGCCGGCGGUGAGAACCAGCCUGACGAUCGGCUCGCCAAGAAGCUUCAGCAGCUGGUGACGGAGAAUCCCGGGAAGUCCAUCUCGGUGUUCAUCAACCCGGACGACGUCACGCGGCCGCACUUCCGCAUCGACGACAAGUUCUUCUGAGACUGAGACGUUCCCCUCCCCUCUCCUUCACCCUGUGCCCCCUGCCUCUGAAACUUUCUUUUUUUACUUUUUUUAUGUUUCCUGCCACAAAGUGAAGUGAUUGUCUAGUAGUCUGCCACAGUUUCUUAUUUUUAGUUUUAUUUUUCUACUCCCUUCCCCUCUGCCCUGGUUUUUCACUGUGUGCCCUGUGUUUUUUACCUUCUCAAUGCCUUUUAAACUGACAGCUUGUUCUUAAAACUGAAGGAAGGGACUGAAAUCCACCUCAUGGUCUGAGGGCUGGUCCUGGAAAAAUGUUGAUACUUAUCAGGGAUCCUGGAAAAGAGACAUUAACAAACAUCAAUUUCCUGAAUAAAUCCGAUUUAUUUUGGGUUCUCUUGAUUGGAGCUCCGUUGUUGAGUGAAUAUUGAAACGGGGCAGAAGUUGUUGUGUUGUCUUGGAACCAGGAGUGGACCCGGCAGAGAUCCCUGUGAUGGUGGAUUCAGUCCCUCCGAGGAAUGUCUUGUCCCUGCUGGGGGAUGACGGUACUAAAGUCUUAGAAACUAACUGUAAAUAAGUAGAAGAAAAACUGACUGAAGAGUGUAGACGGACGGAAAACAUACUAAUGUUAAUUUGUGGGCUACUUUUUGUCUAAUUUUGCACAGAAUGUAAAAAUCACCUCCUUUCCUCCUGAUUGUGGACGUCCUGGUUUUAAAUUGAACUUCCAUGUGAGCGGAGAGGCGACACUGUGCCGAUGCAGCGGCUGCCACUUCCACCGCGAUUCCUCUGAAAAUCUGGUUCGUUUCUUUGUGUUGUGAGGAACAAACAGCAGGAACCUUCAGACAGACGCUGACCUCUUCCAUUUUUACACGCUUUAAACUUGGAGAAGGGUGAGCUAGUCAGCCUAGUGCUGUAGUAGCGAAGUGUUGACCUGCAGCUGCCUGGUUAGGACAUGCUAGGCGGCUAACGUUGUAGCUGGGGUGGCAUUUAAACGGCAGCUCCUCUUCGGUGCAACAUCACCAGUUUAUUCACUCCCAUAAGAUGAAGUAACUCCGAAGCUACACAACAACAACGUUUACACAAACGAUCAGCUGCUAACUGUUGAACCCCACCUAUAGUAGCGCCUACAGCGCCAUCUGGUGACCAAACAGAAAUAAAACGCCUAUUUGACUCCUACAGAGACAUAUCUUUGACCAGGACCUCCCACCCUCGGUGUAAACCUAAAUCCUGGGACAUUUAAACGCGACAAACAACCGCCAGCUCCCGCUAACGUCCCGGGAGGAAUGUCCGCUUCUCCCGUUACAACACCGGGAUUUUUGUUUCCCUUUACGCGCAGUCGCUGCUGUGAAUCUUUAGAAAUGUAACGGAGUAACUCUCAUGACUUCUGACGUUGUAUUUUCAGCUGGACUCUUUCAGUUAGUGGUAGCAGUACCGAAUGGAGAACCCGACCCGUCCAGUUAGGUGAGUCGGUUCUAGCAGACGCCUCAGUAGGGACACCUGGUGGUUGGUCAGAUAAAUGAAGACCACACCUUGCUGUUGUAGUUGUCAAUUUAAAAAUGCAAGAAUAUUAGAGAGGGAAAAUGCCUGGAGAGUCAAAAUCAGACUGGUUUCCAUGGCGACUUCCUGCAUUUCAGUGACACUUCAUUAACAAGUUAAGCUUUAAACAGGAACUGAAUCUAAAACUGAGUCAUACCAAAGUUUUCUUGAACGUUGAGUGUCGGAAGCUUCUGAGCUGAAACAUAACAGUUUGAGCUGAUUGGACAGAAGAAACCCGACUUCCUGUGACCCAUUUCAACUGAUGGUUCUGCUGGGAAGAAUGGCUGACAUGGAGAUCCAAACAGCUUUUCUUAACAUUUCUAUUAAACUUUGUGAACACAUCAGCGAAUCGUCUGCAAACGUCUUUACAUUCAUACCAGCUGAAACAUUUUGAUGUAUUUUUAUCCUUAAUGAUAUCAGAUGAACAUCACAAGUACUUCACCUCUAAUAUAUCAGUGUGACCUUUGACCUUGGAGUUACAUAUUAUCAGCGCAUGUGACUCGGCUCUUAUCUUCUAGAUGUUUUUCCAGAACCAGUGACCCAGUUUGGUAUCAGUUCUGCUCUUUGUAAGGUAAUGUGUUUAAACAAUAACUUAUGUAACCAGUUCUAAACAGAACAGAACCGGUUUAAUUUGGGUUUGGGAGGUUCUGGAUGAGUUUUCCUGGGUUCGGUUCCGGUUAGUGUGAAAGUGGAAGUGUCAGUCGGCUCACCUGUCAGGUGGACCUGCCGGAUGACGGUCCUGCAUCGGCUACAGGGUCACAGGUCGCUGCCUUCACAUGCUCUCCGAUGGUCACAUGAUUCAGGAACUUCCUGUUUGAUAAGCUAACUCUUGUCUCCAGCUGCUUCUUUGUGUUUAAAGCAACGGGUCGGGUCCGGCUGGCCGCCGCCGGCUCAGGAGGACGAUGUUUCCUCCUGGAGCGGCUGCUUCCCGGCCGACCCGCUCCCACAUCAGCUGUCUGUGUCCCGAACAUCACCACCAAAACAAGAAGCUUCUCCUGCGGCCGUCGGGCCGGUUAUGUAGUCUCCACAUAUCCUCAUCCUCAAGUGCAAUUAGUGAAUGUACACAAAGACACGUAGCAUGAAGACACUCCAGGUCUGAGCUGCUCAGCUCCUCCACAGACUCACUCAGAGGCCCUGAAGCCAUCAAAGUGCCACACACACACACACACACACACACACACUCCUGCUCGGUGGAAAUGUCGUCGGUGUUUUCUGACCUGGUCUCCUGUUGGGCUGUGACUCUUUCUGUUCUGUGUUUUGCUGCUUCCUGCUGAUGAUGGAUUUUUGUUUUGAACUCAGAUGGUUGAGAACUUCCUGCACUGUAACACCAGAGUCCUCAUAAACACGUCCAACCUGAA